GUAACCGUUCACAGGCGUUCGACUCGUAGCCAUCGGUAGCUCCGAGCUGAGGGAUCGAUUCCCGUUCUGACCCACAACCCGGCGUCCCACCGACCGCCGACCCUCCGUAGACAUCAUGACCCCCACGGUCAUCAAGGACGGAGAAUACACUGCGACCAUCUACCGCCUGAUCAAAGAGUGUCGCUAUGGAGACGCUAUCGUGAUCCUCAACCACCAGCUGGAGAAACACAUGAAGUCCCGGGCAGCCCUGUCCCUGCUGGGCUACUGCUGCUUCCACACGCAGGACUUCAGCACGGCGGCCGACUGCUACGAGCAGCUCAGCCUGCUGCACCCCGAGGUGGAGGAGUACCGGCUGUACCACGCCCAGGCCCUGGCCCGCGCCUGCUGCUACCCGGAGGCCAUGAAGGCCAGCUUCCUGCUGGACAACCCCAGCACCUAUACCAGGAUGAUCAAGCUACAGGCUGCCAUCAAAUACGGAGAGGAAGAGUAUUCCGCUGCUAAGGCCCUGGUGGAGCAGCUGCCCCAGGAGGAGCCGGACUACGAGGUGAAGAUGGGCUGCCUCCUCUACCGCGAGGAGCAGUACGAGGAGGCCCGAAGGAGGUUCACCUCGGCCCAGCAGGCCCUGGGCUACCAGCCAGACCUGUCCUACAACAUGGCUCUGUGUUACUACAGCAUGAAGAACUACAGCGCGGCUCUGAAGCACAUCGCAGAGAUCAUCGAGAGAGGGAUCCGGGAGCACCCUGAGCUGAGUGUCGGCAUGACGACAGAGGGCGUGGAGGUGCGCAGCGUGGGCAACACCCUGACCCUCCAGCAGACGGCGCUGAUCGAGGCCUUCAACCUCAAGGCCGCCGUCCAGUUCCAGCUCAGGAACCUGGAGGGGGCUCAGGACGCGCUGACAGACAUGCCCCCCCGGACAGACGAGGAGCUGGACCCCGUGACCCUCCACAACCAGGCCCUGCUGAACAUGGAGCGGCGUCCCUCGGAGGGCUUCGAGAAGCUGGCCUUCCUCCUGCAGCAGGACCCCUUCCCCCCGGUCACCUUCGGGAACCUGCUGCUGCUCUACUGCAAGUAUGAGUACUUUGACCUGGCUGCAGACGUCCUUGCGGAGAACGCCCACCUCACCUACCGCUUCCUGUCCCCGUACCUGUACGAGUUCCUGGACGCCAUGCUCACCUGCCAGACCGCCCCCGAGGAGGCCUUCAGGAAGUUUGACGACAUGAACGGCAAACUGACGGAACAACUCCGCAAGCUGGCCAAACAGGUGCAGGAUUUCAGGUUGGCCCGGGACGACCAGGGGCUGAAGAAGGGGGUGCAGGAGUAUGACCAGCUGCUGGAGAGGUACAUCCCGGUGCUGAUGGCCCAGGCCAAGAUCUACUGGAGCCGGGACAACUUCCAGAUGGUGGAGAAGAUCUUCCGCAAGUCGGUGGAGAUCUGCAACGAGCACGACACCUGGAAGCUGAACGUGGCACACGUCCUCUUCAUGCAGGAGAACAAGUACAAGGAGGCCAUCGGGUUCUACGAGCCCAUCGUCAAGAAGCACUACGACAACAUCCUUAACGUCAGUGCGGUGGUUCUGGCCAACCUGUGUGUCUCCUACAUCAUGACCAGCCAGAACGAGGAGGCGGAGGAGCUGAUGAGGAAGAUAGAGAAGGAGGAAGAGCAGAUCUCCUACGACGCCCCGGACAAGAAGGUGUUCCACCUCUGCAUCGUCAACCUGGUGAUCGGCACGCUGUACUGCGCUAAAGGGAACUACGACUUCGGCAUAUCUAGAGUCAUCAAGAGUCUAGAGCCCUACAACAAGAAGCUGGGGACAGACACGUGGUUCUACGCUAAGCGCUGCGUCCUCUCCCUGCUGGAGAACAUGUCCAAACACAUGAUCCUGCUGAGGGACGCCGUGGUGCAGGACUGCCUGCUGUUCCUGGAGCGCUGCGAAGUGUACGGCCGGGAGGAGCCGGCGGUGAUCCAGGCCCCCCUGCAGGACGAGCGCUCCUCCUCCUCCUCCUCCUCCUCCCUGGGGAGGAACAGCGUCACCUACGAGGCGCGCCUCCUCAAGGCCCUCUUCUACCAGGUCAUCGGCUGGAACGAGUGAGGUCACCGCCCUGCCGUGAGGUCAUCGCCCUGCCGUGAGGUCAUCGCCCUGCCGUGAGGUCAUCGCCCUGCCGCGGUGUCACCGCCAUAGCUGGACCGUGAUGACGUCACCUCACCGAGACCGUGAUGUCAUCACAGGGACCAGGAACCCUGCUGGUUCUUCAGGGAUGUGAUGUCGUCAGACUGCUGAACCCCACAGCCCUGUAUAUCUUUACAUCUUUAUAUUUAUAUCUUUAUAUUUAUAUCUUUAUAUUUAUAUGUAUAGACCAGUUCGUCCUGCUAGUGGUUCAUUUAGGACAAGACCACGUCUCCAUGGUAACAUCAUUUUUAUUGAACAGGUGUGUAGAUAAUAAAUCGUGGUCUGUGAUACGU